GUGUCACAGAAAAAAGGAACCGCAUUUCGUGAGAACUGAAGGUGGGAGGAAGGUAGCUUUGUUUGCACUUGCUUUUUAUUGUGGUCAUUUGCACGUACCUCUAGUGAGACUGAAAGCGCUCUGCUGCAGCCUCAAAAGGGAAGUAGGCGAGGUCUGUUUUGACACCAACGGUGCGAAAAAAUAUAUUCCAAGAGUUACUAUUUUGAAGUGUUGCUCUUUAUGGUAAAUGAUGAAGCAGUGAAGAACUGACGACAGAAAAAGGAUUUUAUUGUGAGAUAUUUUUUAUGUUUUUAAUAUUUUUUUGAGUUUCUUUCGAUGGACUCUACUGGAUUGUAUUUCAAAACUAAAGAUUGGACGGACAUUUUGUUGAAAAAUCUGGAGAAUUUAUUCACAAACAGCUAAGCCUGAGGUAUUGUGUCUCCUGGAUCACUGAGAUUCAACACCGCGGCGAUGCCUGUGAUUGUACUCGAGGCCAGAGACUUCACCAGUCCCCUGUUCUUGGUGCGGACAUUGGAAGUCUUGCUCAGCUGUACGGCCUUCAGUCUUGUGGCCUCGCUGGAACACGAGGAGUCAAACACGUUCUGGAUCUUCUGCAUGUUUACAUGGUGCUUCUUCUUCACCCUGACCCUCCUUAUCCACAUUCUCAGCAUCAUCCAGUUUCACAGCCUCAUCCCAAUAUCCUGGAAGAACCUGACGAUGACGGUGGCGGUGUUGGGAGCUCUGAUGAGUCUCAGCACCUCCGUGCUUUUCCCUUGCAAUGUCAUGGAUCAUAAAAACUUUUUGCCGCACUCUGUGGCGGCGGCGGUGGCCUCAUGUCUCACAACCUUGGCCUACACCUCAGAGUCCUUCGUGCUCCGUACCCAAGCCCAGGAGCAGAGAGGCUACAUGGGCAGCCUGCCUGGUCUCCUGAAGAUAGUCCAGCUGUGGGGAGGCUGUCAGAUAAUCACCCUGCUUGUGGAGAAUUCUUAUAAACUGCAUGAUGACAGUCAUGAGUGGAAGCUAUGGGUGUCCGGAGUGACAUGUGGCGUCUGUCUCUUCAUGUCUGUAGUCACACUGAUGGUAAUAUUGGGUGACUUUGCCGGGCGUUGUCUCCUUCCUUUUGACAGACUUCUGGCGGGAUUCAGUCUGAUUGGGGUGUUGCUCUACAUGUUGGCUACAGUGAUUUGCCUCACCAAGAUACUGCAUCUGAGAGGCCACGGACAAAAUGAGGACACCAAACACACUGGGCUGGUUAUUUUGGAAACGGUGGUUUCCAGUAUCACACUGUUAGCUUACACAGUGGACCUUGCCUUCUCCAUUAAACAGUUGUGUGACCGGAGUCACAUGUGAAGUUCAUCAUGUACAGUCACUCUGUCAAGGUUUAGGGGAAAACCAUGACUUUCACACGAACUGAG